AUGUCCCUAGUAUGCUCGACGCCGUCAAAAUUCUCCAAAGAUUGGCGCAUGAAAGUUCCCGGAAAUACGCACGCGACAUCAAAGCAAGACGAAUUCAGCGAGACCGCGCCGCCGUUCCCCCCAGAGUUCGCUCGCAUCGUCCUGAAGCAGAUCAUCGACGGCCUUGAGUACAUCCAUUUCAGAGGCAUAUUCCAUCGCGAUGUCAAGCCCGCGAACGUUCUUGUAUUCGACAAAUCUCUCGAUGCGAUCACAGUCAAAUUAUGCGACUUCAGCAAGUCCGUCCUUAAGCCGAAAGAUGACCAGCGUCCAUAUCCCCAGGAAGGAACCGCUGCUUGGGCUCCACCAGAGGUCCUGAGCCAUCACUACAACGCGUCCAGCGAGGCGUUCGGGGUCGGAGCGAUCUUGUUCUAUGUGAUGUUUGCUAAGGAACCGUUCAAGAUCCCGCAAUCCCAUGCCCGUGCCACUUUCGAGCAACAAAUUCGGGCCAGGAAGUCGCGGAUUGACAAAGUCAAUAUGGGAGAUAUCAAGGAACCUGGCAAUCCUCAUUCGGCUGAGGAGCUGUUGAGAAGCUUACUCAAGGAGUCCUGCGCAGAGCGCGCGACCCUUGUGUCUGCACGCAAUGACCCAUGGAUGAUCAACAAUCAACUCCUGGACAUGCUCUCCUAUAAUGACCCCCUGGUCGCCGACCUCCUCUCAAGAAAGCACAUCGAAACAGAGCAGGAAUCGAUGGAGACCUCCUCUGUGUCAGAUACCGAGUCCUAUCAAUCGACGGAACGCGAUCAUGUUUCCGAAAAUAGCAGUAAUCAAGGCGGCGACGAGGACGACAACGAGGCAGACUCCUACCAAUCGACGGACCGCGAUGUUUCCGAUCAUAGCGACGAGGACCACAGCGAGGUCAAGGAACACGGCGCCAACGACCAGAUUCCCGUUCAUGACGGUGAUGACGUCGAACCUUAUCGCGGGCGUCAUUACAACGGAGAUUGGCACAUCCCUGGCAAUCUGGUGGUCAGCGGGAACCUCGUCGUUCGGGGCGACGUCCUUGUCACUGGCAACGUUAAGUUGAACGGCGACAUGGACGUGGUGGGCGAUGUGGACGUGCAGGGCAAGUUGGACGUGGGCCAAGACGUGAUCGUCGACGGCGAAGCGAUCAUGAAGAGCAGCGUGGACGUUCGCGGUCGCAUGAGGGUGCGCGGCGUCGAUGUUCCGAACGGCAUUGUAGCAAGAACGGCGAGCGAGAGGGGAAGCAGCGCCGACGCCGAGGGCGAAACUGAUUACGACGCUGAAAGCGACGGCGGCGCGGCCAUCGAUGAGGCUGGUCAAGAUCGCCCCUGGACUCGCUCCGUUACCCCCCAAUCCGACCUUUCCCGCGAUGCGACAGUUUGGCCUGGCGACGGCGUCGCCGCUCCUGUCCCGGAUUGGGGAUAUGUGCAUGACGCGCUGGCUGCCCGUAGCCAGGUUUCUGAAGCGGAGGUGGACGUUCGGAGCGAGGGCACCAUCGUCGCUGGUUCGUCCGGUUUGCCACAUGCCAGCCUGCUAGACCCGUUGUCGCGUGGUUCGCCUCAGCUUGUCGUGACGGACGUCGAUAUGGAAGAGCACUACAGGUGUAACCACGCCUUGGGCAAUAUUAGUCCCAAGGCACGUUCUAACACAGUGAGGUUCAUGCACUGA